AGUUGAAGGUGAACACCAAACGGGAGCGCCGCUUCGUGAGAGGGACGCGAGAAGUUGGCCAACUUUCUCUAGUGCGAAGAGCAGCGUGGUUCCGAGUGGUUUGCGCGCGCCCGGGAUGAGUCGCGGAUUUCGUUCGCGUAAUACCUCGACCAGGUGAAGCGCAGUUCGCGUCGUCGACAUGUCUUCGUCGCCGUGCUCGUGUCGUCGUACUGAAAGGCCGCUGGGCAUCGCCGGUCCACGGCGGCCGUCCAAGCGUCCCGACGAGCCCGGAUGGCGGCGCAUGGCUCGACGUCGCGAGCAUUCGGAACCUGUGACGCGCCUUCAAGGAGGCGGCACUGCGCUGGUGAGGCGCUGCCGUGACUUCUACGCGCAGCGGCUUCGUCAGUCUGAGCUGCUGAGGAAUAAGUGGGCCUCUGGUGCAGCAGUUGUGGUGCCAUCGCUGCCCGACAGGGGAACGACGGGCUCUGCGGAAGACGACGACGCGACGGCUUCAUCAGACAGCGAAGCCGCCGCGUCCACUUGGCGUCGGUCCAGAUUUGACCGGGCCAUGGACUCGCUCCGCAAGGAAAUCAGUUCCCUGAUGGAGCGGGACAACGCCCUGUUUGGCCAGCUGCUGGGCCUGCACCAAAGUAUCGCCGAGCUGAGACGCGAGGCGAGGCAGCCUGCGACAACGAGCAGCGUGCAGCAGCCACCCAGCAGGCCCGCCUCGCUCGAGUCGCUCACCUCGUCCUCGUCUUCGUCCGAGCCCGGCUGUCGACGGUGCUCUGCCGCCGCCACCGGUGGUGGUCAGCUGAGGCGGCGACGGGCCCUGUCACAGGCCUACGACUCGGGGGUGCAGUUGCACUCGAGCCACUCCGAGUCCGACCACGAGGUCUUCGUGUGAACGCUCUUGUCGACGCCACAAACAUUGCUCUGUGGCUCGCUUUUCAAGCGAGACGCCGUGCACAUCUCUACUGCGUCAGUUACGAGUGCGUGUGCCCGUUGCUUGGAUUUGCUAAUCGCAAGUGCAUCUAGAACGGUGAACAGUGCAGUUGGCAUUGCGUUAGCGGGGCUUUCUUGCCAAGUUUAUCGGGCUUAGCGAAGAAAAGACGCGUUUUUUUUGUUGUUGUUCCGUGUUUUCCUAGCGUGUCUUUUAUUUCUAUUUGUGCAGGAACAAUGGCGUUGUGUACAAAAGACUUUUGCGACAACUUCAAAAGCUUUGGAUCUCUCGUAGUGUUCCAACUAGUGUGACCGAACUGAGCAUGUAUGGUUAGAACAGACGGCUAAGCCUUACGGUGUGAUGGAUUUUCGACAUUACGGCGUGUAGGAGCCAUGAGCAGUGGCCGAACCCAACUUAAGCGAUAAGUCGGGGCAACAACACUGUGGCUACAGAUUGCGGCCAUGAAGUGUUCAUGAAACCCGGCGAUGAAAUUUUAUUGAGCCUAGCAGAACUCCAUGGUACUGCUACAACCGGUUUACUCAAUUGCCCUGAACUUUGCUGUAACACUGCCGGAGACAAGAUAUGAAAAGUUAUAAAUUUUUCUGGGCAUCGGUGUUUCAACGUCGUGACGUCCGAAAAGAAAAAGGGUACUUUGUAUAUUGCUUCACUGUUUCCAUGUUUACUACAGAAGGCAAAGGUAUCUAAAACUGGUGCUAAAGUUUCGUCCUGUUGAAGGGCCUUGUGAUUUGACUGUUCGCCGUGUUGUUUUAGAAUUUUUAGCUGUGCUAGUUGAUAAUUCAUUUUGGUAAGAGCUUCAGGGGCAAGAAAAACAUUCAUACACACGAACACCCAAAAAACUAGCCAACACUCCUGUUUUCACAAAGCAUCUUGCGUGAAAACGGGGUUCCUUUAUUUAUUAGUGUGUGCAUUCUUGCGCUCUUAGCUUUGAUUGCUACUGUCUAGAGGUUGCUGAAAUUGUUAGCUGGUAUGUUACGCAGAAACGCACUGCUGUGCAGUGAAUCACUGAUAUAUAUCAUCUGUGUUUCUACAGAACUAUU